AUGGACUCAUCAUUCAGUCGUGAGGCGAGCGAGCCUCCGUUCGACCCUGCCCACCCUUUCAAGGGCGUCGUCGUGUGCUGCACAAGCAUCCCGCCAGACCAGCGAACAGAGAUAGCCAAAAAGACGGAGGAACUCGGCGGCAUCCACAAGUACGAUCUAACACCCGACGUCACCCAUCUCGUUGUCGGCGACUACGACACUCCCAAGUACCGCCAUGUCGCCAAAGAACGAACCGACAUCAAGGCCAUGGAUGCCACCUGGAUCGACGCUAUGGGGAAGCUGUGGAUGGCGGACGCCAAUAUCGACUUCGCGGCACUCGAGAAAGAACACCAGCUGAGGCCGUUCGAGACAUGCGGCGAGGUCCCCGAUGCGACGGACCCUACCCAGGCGAAACGAGGCAGUCUACUACUGUGCAUGACCGGCUUCGACGAUCCCGACGAACGUAAUAAAAUCAUCGACCGAAUCCAAGAAAGCGGCGGCACUUACACGGGCGACCUGACGAAACGAGUCUCACACUUGAUCGUAUACAAGCCGGAGGGGAAGAAGUUCAAGGCCGCCCGUAACUGGGGCAUCCGUACCGUAUCCCUGGCAUGGGUCGACCAGACGAUCGAGCGCGGCAUGAUUCUCGACGAGCAAUGCUUCGACCCGGUCAUGCCGCCAGAAGAACAAGGGCAAGGGGCGUGGAACAGAGUUAACCCAAGACGGGUGUCGCUCGGCAAGCGGUCGAGGUCUGGCGUCGGGGAAGACGGGCAGAGGAAGUUGAGGAAGACAGCGAGCAUGAAGCUAGGCAGUCAGCGCGACAGCAUCUGGAACGACCUUCUGGGCAGUAAACCUUCCGGGGAGUCCUCCGCUCCUCAGAGGAGCGAGCGGAUCGAGGUGCAGGAUUCCGGAGUACACGACGCCAUGGCGCAACCCGCUCCUGACGAAGGUAUCUUUUCAGCGUGCCACUUUUUCAUGGCCGGCUUCGAGACGUGGAAAUCCAAGAUCUUGUCCGAGACGAUAGGCUCCCUCGGCGGAAAGACGUACGCUGCCUUCGAAGAAUUAGUCGCAGAGGCUGCCGGACCAAGGUCACUACACAAGUUUCUCAUCGUUCCGCAGGAGGCCCAGCCCUCAACUCAUUUCCGAAUACCACCUGCGCAUGUCGACAAGGUUCAGGUUGUGACCGAGUUCUUCGUCGAGCGGUGCAUACACAACAAGACUCUUUGCGACCCGAAUACCCACGCCCUAGGCCGUCCAUUUCCCGGUUUCCCCAUCCCCGGCUUCCAGGACUUGUCUAUAUGCACGGCAGGCUUCACCGGCAUCGAUCUUCUCCAUGUGGAAAAGACCAUCAGGCAAAUCGGCGCCAAGUACGCAGCAAGACUCAACGAAGCUACUUCCGUGUUGGUCUGCAAGUCUCUCGCUGAAACGCGCAAAGAAAAGCUCAAGUUUGCCUUCGACAGCAACAUCCCCAUCGUCAGCUCAGAAUGGCUAUGGGGCAGUGUUUCAUCGGGCUACAACGUUCCCGUCAAAAGAUUCAUGUUUCCCGAGCUGCAGCAGAACCCCGAUUUGAAGGCCAAGCCAAGAGCAAAGGAACAGCUCAAGGAACAGACUAAACAACCAAUUCAGAGGACGCGGUCUGAACCCAUUCCUCAUAUGCCCAAGAAACCCGCCUCAAGGCAUACUUCAGUCGCAGGAAUCGACCCCACGGCAUUCCAACACGAACAACAAAAGCCCGCCGCCCCAAUGCAAACAGCGACGAAGGAGGACUCAGCCGCGUCCUUCCAAUUCCAAACCGCCAAGACGCAUCAAAUGGACAGCUUCGGCGGCGGCACCGUUGCUGCGCCGCCGUCCAACUCAUCCUCACACGCCCGCAACGAGUCGACUACGUCAGAACGGCCGGCGAAGCAGAAGCUGGCAAGGACAACAAGUGUGGCCGACAGCAUGGACGACGCAACGCCCAUUUCGGAAGCAGAAGCGGGGGGCGUGGUUGUGCGGCAUGUCGUGGACGAGCCCAUGCCGCCGACCAAGCAUGGCGAAAAGCCCCAGCUCUGGAUAUCGCGGGGAGAUGAGAUUGCCGGUGAGAUACAGCUUAACGAUGAAGCCAGGCUGAGAAUGGACGCCCACGACGACCGCAUGCGGGAGGUCGGGAUUGAUCAAGCGAUUAUUUCUGCCGCGACAGGGGGGAUCAGCGAUGAGAAAAAGGCACAGCUCGACGCAGCGGCCGCGCUGUGCAAGCGCUCUCGUGAGCUCGAGAACAUGGACGAAGACGAGAAAGAUGAAGCUCAGCUGGAAUUCCAGCGUGAAGAGCUGAAAACCGCAAAGUUCCGCAACGACUGCUUCGAAAAGGUCUUGGAAUAUCAAAAGGACGAGGACGAGGCGAGGGCGCACAUGGAAGCCGAGCUCAAGGCCGACCGCGACGCUAAGAAGGCCGCGGAGAAGGAAGAGAUCACCGAGAGACUCACCAACCUCAUCGAGGCCAGGGCGAUGGAUAGAGACAUAGAAUUGCCUCGAAAAGAGGAGCAUCCCCCACACCGACGCCCAAGAAAACGUCCCCUGGGCCGGGUCAUCAGCAACGCAUCGGCUGCUUCUAGCGGCAGCGCCGAGCUGGACAUGUACGGCCAGCCCACGAAGGAGAAGCAGGAGGAGCAAGAACCGCCGUCCACGCAGAUUCAGUACCAGGACCCAGGCGCCCAACAGCACCGGGCUAGGAUCAUGAGCAAGAUGAUGGGCGAGGACCCUAAACCCGCGACCAGCCAGGGGAAGACCAAGAUUGGAGGGUUCGAGUUUGAGGGCGAGGCGGGCGGUAUGAUGUCCCGUCGGCAGACCAGGAGGAACGCAUAA